AGGCUGGCAGAUACGUGCGGUAGAUUACUCCUUUCUGCUCGUGGACGCCGCCGAGUAAGCAUCGUUGACGUUUCCCCCCCCCUCCACUGCCGUCAUGUCUAAGUCAGAGUCACCCAAAGAGCCCGAACAGCUGCGGAAGCUCUUCAUCGGAGGUUUGAGCUUUGAAACAACCGAUGAGAGUCUGCGGAGCCAUUUUGAGCAGUGGGGAACGCUCACAGAUUGUGUGGUAAUGAGGGAUCCAAACACCAAACGCUCCAGAGGCUUCGGGUUUGUCACAUAUGCCACUGUGGAGGAGGUGGAUGCGGCCAUGAAUGCAAGGCCACACAAGGUGGAUGGAAGAGUUGUGGAACCAAAGAGGGCUGUCUCAAGAGAAGAUUCUCAAAGACCUGGUGCCCACUUAACUGUGAAAAAGAUUUUUGUUGGUGGCAUUAAAGAAGACACCGAAGAACAUCAUCUAAGAGAUUAUUUUGAACAGUAUGGGAAAAUUGAAGUGAUUGAAAUCAUGACUGAUCGAGGCAGUGGCAAAAAGAGAGGCUUUGCUUUCGUAACCUUUGAUGACCAUGAUUCUGUAGACAAGAUUGUCAUUCAGAAAUACCACACUGUGAAUGGCCACAACUGUGAAGUAAGGAAAGCCCUAUCUAAGCAAGAGAUGGCUAGUGCCUCAUCCAGCCAAAGAGGUCGAAGUGGUUCUGGAAACUUUGGCGGUGGUCGUGGAGGUGGUUUUGGUGGGAAUGACAACUUUGGUCGUGGAGGAAACUUCAGUGGUCGAGGUGGCUUUGGUGGCAGCCGCGGUGGUGGUGGAUAUGGUGGCAGUGGGGAUGGCUAUAAUGGAUUCGGUAAUGAUGGUGGUUAUGGAGGAGGCGGCCCUGGUUACUCUGGAGGAAGCAGAGGCUAUGGAAGUGGUGGACAGGGUUAUGGAAACCAGGGCAGUGGCUAUGGCGGGAGUGACAGCUAUAACAACGGAGGAGGCGGAGGCGGCUUUGGCGGUGGUAGUGGUAGGUAUCCAGUGAUCCAAGUACUGGUGCAAUAGCUAGAUUAGCCUUUUAGAGUUUAUCCAUAUGGGAACUUGAUGCUUGUGUGUUAUGCUGCAUGGUACUUUUUUAAUGGGCUUGCAAUGCUACCUCCUCCUAGCUUUAAGCUGGGGCCGCCUCACUCCCAAGUAGAUAGAUGGAUAAGUGGAUAAUGGUGUCUUCAAUUGGAAUUAGAUUAGAUUCUAGCAGGAUUUAGUGUCUUAACUCAUGGGGUCUUAGGCACUUAGUUGAUGUAUCCAGCAUGUGUUUGCCAUGCCCCUGGAUGGGUAAAGGUCUUCAAGGCAAGAGAAUAUAUUAUUUGCUAUACCAUGGUGAGUUGGGUAAAUUUUUUUUUAAUUAUUGGAUUAUUC